ACCUGCUCCAUGCAGUAGGCACAGGGCAGGGCAGGGGUUCCUAAGCAACUGAAGGCAACGCGAGUACUUCAUGUAGUCUUUGUUUCUCUCCCUCGCUCUUCCUCUUGUUAACUCCCCGACUUGCUCAUUUCAUACCAAAUGAAAGCAGAGGAAACAGAAAUGAGCUGUAUCCAAACUUUACGUUAGCAGCAAAUGUUGAACACCACCAGUGUGUGCGCUGAUGUGCCGCUUAUCUGUCAUCACUGUGUUCAGUGAUCAAAGUCCACAGAAGAAAACACGAUUACCAUCUGUUACCGUGCUAGAGAGAAAAUUCCUCUCUCUGUUGUUUGGUGUUGCCUCUUGAGAUCUGCUUUGGACUUUUUGAUCUACAGAAUCACCUUUGUGCUGUGGCUACCAUGACAACAGAGGCAAGUGCAGUGAGUGAGGCAGACACCGAGGGCAAGCAGAAGGCCAGCGGCGCUGAGCCUGAACCCGAUCCAGAGAAAAAGAAGAAGCCAGAGGCGUCCUCGUCUGAGCUGGAGGGAGAGCAGUCGAGCAAGAAGGCCCAGGAGCAGACCUCUGAGGCUGGACCCGCUGACGUAGCCACCUCCCCUGAGGAGGAGCAGCUGAAGCCUCGUACCAGGACUUCUGCUGGCAAAGGCCUGUCUCGCCUCUUCUCAUCUUUCCUCAAACGCCGCUCACAGUGCUCCGAGGGAGAGGGCUUUGAGGCAGAGAAAGCCCGGGAGGAAAAGGCAGACAAAGAGGAAAAAGCUGACAAAACAGAGGAGAAGGAGGAAGAGGUGAAGAGUGAAGAGAAAGAAGCUAAAGUGGAGGAGGAAACACCUGAGGUAAAAGAAGUGAAAAAGAAAGAAGAAAAGGUAGAAGAAAAAGAGGAUAUAAAGAAGGAGGAAGAAAAAGUUGAGAAGAAGGGCAGUAAAAAGAAAAAGAAAGAAGCCAAGAAGAAAGCAGAGAAAAAAGAUGAGGAAAAACUGAAACAAGACGAGGAGACGAAGGAAGAGGAAAACUUGAAAAAGAAAGAGGAGCAAAAGGAGGAGGAAAAAGCACAGCAGACUGUAGAAAAGGUGGAGGAAAAAUCAGAAACAAAAGAAGAAGCAAAGAAGGAGACCAUUGAAGUUAAAGACAAGGAAGCAGAAGCCGGACAGAAAGAGAGUAAAGAGGAGGAGAACACUGACAAGAAGGUUACAAAGAAAAAAGAAAAGGAGGAAAAGUUAAAGAAGAAGGAAGAAGAAAAAGCAAAGAGGAAAGCAGAAGAAGAAGAAAGGGUAAAGAAGAGAGAGGAAGAAAAGGCAAAGAAGAAAGAGGAAGAAAAGGCAAGAGAGACUGAAAAAGCAAAAAAGAAAGAAGAGGAAAAGGCCAAGAAGAAGGAGGAGGAGAAAGCAAAAGACGAGAAGACAAAAAAGAAAGAAGAAGAGAAGGCAAAAGAAGAGGUGAAGAAGAAAGAGAAAGAAAAGGAGGAGGAAAAGACAGAAGAAAAGAAAAAGAGGGAAGAGGAGAAAGGAAAGAAAAAAGAAAAGGGGAAGAACAAAGGAAAGAAAGAGGAGAAGGAGGUGAAAGGGCCAAGUGAGGAGCAGGUGAAAGCACCAAUUGCUGCUCCGGAGCCCGAGCUUAAAACUGAACCAGACGUUGAACAAGCUCCUGAUCAGCACUCGAUAAGCAGCGCUGAGACUCAGCCACCUCAGGAGGAACAGAAGGAAGAAACUGAGAUUAAGAAGGAGCCUGAAGUUUUGGCAGAAGUGAAGGAGGACCCAGAGAAAAAAGAGGAGAAAUCAACAGAACAGGAGAAAGGAGGCAAAGGAGAGGAGAAAGCAAAGGAGGAGGCGAAGAAGGAGAAGCCUGGGAAAGAAAAGAAGACCGAAAAGAAAGCAGAAGAGGCUAAGGGCUCCAAACGUCAGAAAACCAUGCAGUGUAAAGUCACCUUACUGGAUGACACUCAGUUUGAGUGUGAGCUUGAUAAACAUGCCAAAGGCCAGGAACUCCUAACGAAGGUGUGUGACCAUGUCAAUCUGCUGGAGAGAGAUUACUUUGGCCUGGCUCACUGGGAAACACCAACCAGUAAGACAUGGUUGGAAGCCACCAAAGAGAUCCGGAAACAGGUUCCAGGUGCUGUCUAUGAGUUUACAUUCAAUGUGAAGUUUUACCCUCCUGAUCCAGCACAGCUUACUGAAGACCUCACCAGGUACUUUCUAUGUCUCCAGCUGAGGAAAGACAUAAUGCGUGGUGUUCUUCCCUGUUCCUUUGUCACGCUGUCCCUGCUCGGCUCCUACAUAGCCCAGUCAGAGCUUGGAGAGUAUGACCCAGAGGUCCACGGAACAGACUAUGUUAAGGAUCUGAGCCUGGCCCCCGGACAGAGCAAAGAGCUGGAGGAAAAGGUGAUGGAGCUGCAUCGCACAUACAGGUCAAUGAGCCCAGCCCAAGCAGACAUGUUGUUUCUGGAAAAUGCCAAGAAACUCGCUAUGUAUGGGGUUGACCUGCACCAAGCCAAGGAUCUCGAUGGUGUCGACAUUACACUGGGAGUUUGCUCCAGUGGCCUGAUGGUUUACAAGGACAAGCUGAGGAUCAACCGUUUCCCUUGGCCCAAAGUACUCAAGAUCUCUUACAAACGCAGCAGCUUCUUUAUCAAAAUCAGAGCAUCAGAGCAAGAGCAGUAUGAAAGCACAAUUGGCUUUAAACUGCCCCACUACAAAGCCUCGAAGAAGCUGUGGAAAGUUUGUGUUGAACACCAUACCUUCUUCAGGGUUCCAACAGUAGAUCCUCCAUCAUCACGUCGCUUUCUUGUCUUGGGCUCCAAGUUCCGGUACAGCGGGCGGACUCAGGCCCAGACCCGCCAGGCCAGCUCUAUGAUAGACCGUCCAGCUCCUCGCUUCACACGCUCUGCGAGCAAGAGGCUGUCCCGUAACCUAGAUGGAGCUGGAGAUGAAACUCUCCAGUUGUCCAGUUCAACCAGGUCUGAGGUCGAUGAAUGGUCGCAGAUGCUGACAUCUGACAAACCCCAGCCUUCUCCCGAAUUUCCAGCCAGAGGGGUGUCUGAGCAGACUUCCAUUCAGUCCUGGGAGGAGGAGCAGUCUGUUUGGCAGGAUUCUGAGUCUGGGCAGACUGGCUCUCAAACCAUCACCCAGACAGUCAGUCAGCCAUGGCAGGAAAUGGCAUCAACAGAUGAGCAACAGCAGAGGAGAAAGGAAGACGAGUGGCCAAUUUUGCUCCAUCGUUAUCCUCCUUUUCCCUUUGUCCCGUCAUUUGAUUUUGUGAAACAGCCAGCUAAGGUCAGCUUGACAAAAAUGAGCUCUAUGGACAGACUAUUGCAACCCGCACUGACACAGCAAGAUGACUGGUACCUUUACUUUGACCAAAUCUCCAGCCUGUCCUUGUUUGAGCGAGCUGACAAACCAUUCUCUCUCAGAGCUGAGUUCCAGGUCAAGCAGGAGGAUGAGCAGGGCAUGUAUGUGGCAGAGCAGGAACUGACCAGUGAGGAGGUCAUUGGUAGGACGCAGGAAGGCAUGAUCUCGGUAGACAAGCUGACAGAGAGGGAGCUUUUGGAAAAGAGGCUGAGAGACGUGAGGGAUUUAGAGGAAAUUCUCCAAGAAGUGGAUGAGAUGGCAGAGAGACUUCAAGAAGUAAUAGAAGAGGAAUUGGGUGAGGAAGAAGUUGCUAAGUUGAGAGCAGAAGAGGGAGAUUUAACAAGAAAAGUAUUAAAGAAAUCAGUGAGCAGAACAGAGACAAGAGAGGGAGAAGUGGAUGAACUAGAAGAGGAGAUAAAGCGGGUGUUUUUAAAAGGCUUGUUGCCUGAAGAGGAAGAGCUCAAGGUGAGGCAGGAGAGUGAACAAGAGGUGACAGGUGAGAGUCUGUUAGAUGACAGCUUGAGAGAGAAUCCAAGGCAGGUAGAAAAGGAAUGGCAAAAUGAGGUGGAGAAGUCUGGCUCUUCAGAAUUUGCUAAUACCACGUCUGUAGUAGCAUACCAGAAGGUGGAGCGUAGGACUAAGAAGAGAGUGACUAUUGUAGAAGAGACAGGGCAGAGUCAGGAAGAAAUGGAUGGUGUACAGGUACCGGAGAGACUAGAAAAACAGGGGACAUGGCGUAAGAUAGAAAUACAGGAGGAGGUAACUGAGAGAGAAGUUGCAGAGAGGCUUCAGCCUGAGGAUCCGUCUCAGGUGGCAGACGAGGACGACUGGUUCAUGCUUUUUGACCGCCCUCUGUACAAAGAUGUUUUCAAACCACCAGUUACCACUGUGGAGCGUGCUCAGGUGGAUGAAGUUACGAUGGAGGAAAGAAACACGAUGGAUGCAGAAAGUUUUGUCUCUGUGGUUGGAACUGCAGUCAGUGAGGAGAUUAGAGAAGAAGUAGCUGAAGAGGGGAAGAUAAUAGAGGAGGUGCCAAGACGUUUCAAAGAAAUCCCACAACAGCCAGUGACAGACAAAGAUGAUGACUGGUUUGUGUUGCUGGAUGUUGCUCCCAGGGAAACCUCAUUCGUACCACCAGUUGCUUUUGCACAGGGUGUUGAAGUGUCUCCAGAAGAACAUGUCGCUCUGGUUGAAGUGACAACCGUUGAGCGCAGAGAAGAAGCAGUGGAGGUUGUGGUAGAAGACACAGAUAUGAAACAAGUGCAGAGUGAACAGAAAGUAGAUGUUCUGCCACAGGGUGUGAGAGAGAUAGAAGAUGACUGGUUUGUCCUGCUGGAUGUUUCCCCUAGAGAACCGUCAUUUGUGCCACCAGUUACCACGGAUGAGUACGUUCAGGUUUAUCCUGGAGAAAGCAUUUCUGCUCUGGUGGAAACAAUAUCAGUAGAGUCCAGAAAGGAGGUCGUAGUUGACGAGACUGUGAUGCAGAAAGAGGACAAGAAGCUUCCCGCACAAAUUAUACCAGAGCAGAAAAUAUCUCCGCCAGUCAGAGAAAGAGAUGAUGACUGGUUUCUUCUGCUGGAUGUUAUUUCCAGAGAAGCUCCCUAUGUUCCUCCAGUUUCUCUGGCCGAACCGAGUCAGAUGUAUCCCAGUGUGCAACCUGGAAGUGAAGUGAUAAGCAUAGAGCAGAAGUUGCAGCAGGUUGAUCUUGACCAGAAGCCUUCCCAGCCACUGCCACAGAGAGAUGAUGACUGGUUCGUGCUGUUCGACGCCAUCCGUGAAAAGCCUGUUGUCGUACCACCAGUCGCUGUGGUUGAGCGUAUUGUGGAUGUCAUAGCUGCUGCUGAACCAAAACCAAAACCUGUCAUGGACCUGAGGCCACCUGUUAAAUUGGUAGAGGUCACGGUACCAUAUCCCAGACAGGUGGAUGAUGACUGGUUUGUGCUGCUAGAUGUGGCAGCAAAAACACCAGUGGCUGUGGACGAACGUGUUCGUGUACAACCUGAUGUUCGACCAGCUAAAGAAUUUGCAGCCACAGAGCCGAGAGCACAACAGAGAAUUAUUAUAGAGGAGGAGACGUGGCAGCAGGAGCAGGUGGUACAGCAGAGACCACGUCCCACAGUAAGGGAGGUGCAGGAUGAUUGGUUUAUUCUUCUGGAUGUGGCCACUAAGAAAUCAGUCACUGUCCCUGAGCGCAUCCAGUACCCAGCAGAGGUGAGAGCUCCAGCUGCUGUGGCCAAAACAAGGAUUGCUGUUUCUGAGACGAGACCACAAUUUGAGAAAUGGAUCAUGGAGGAAAGACCUCCACACACGCAUACACAUGUCAAUGAUGAUUGGUUUGUUCUACUAGAUGUUGGCUUCAAAGAGUCAGUGGUGAGCACACAGCGUGGCACCCGUCCCGUCAGUGCUCCAGUCUUCUCCCAGGCUGCUCUGGCGGAGGCAGGGAUCCCUAUGGCGCCUUUCGAUCAGCCCCAGACCUCCACCCCAAUCAAGACUGGCCACAAGGAGGAGAGAAGGCUGGAAGUCACCGUAGAAGCUGUGGAGCCCUCUAAAAUUGAGCCUGAGGCCGAGGACAAGCCAGCAGUGUGGAGGGACCAGAGCCAUGUACACUCUACACUGAUAUCCACCAUCAAUGGGGACAUUCAGCACGAGUCUGAGGCGAUGAGCACGGAGGUGGUGCGAAUGCGAAAGAAAAGAGCUAAGAAAAUUGAGGGUGACUCAAUUUAUAUCAGACAUAGCCUUUUAAUGUUGGAGGAGUUCGACAAGCCCAAUGAGGACUUGCUCAAGCACCAUGCCAGUAUCAGUGCGCUCAAGAGGAACUUCAUGGAAGCUGUGCCAGAGCAGAGGCCCAGCGAGUGGGACAAGCGCCUGUCCACGCACUCCCCGUUCCGCACUUUGGGAAUCAAUGGUCAGCCUCUGCCCAGUGCAGAUGGGAAUGUGUGCACUAGUCCCCUUUGCAAGGGUUCAGAAGCAAAGGCUGCACAAAAGGAAACCAGCAGCAAUUUGGGCAUGUCAGGAAAACCAAGUCCUGCUGUGAGCCACAAGAGUGAGCCCGAUAGUGUCGAAGUCCACGAUGCAUGUGCUCCAGUUCAGGAAGAGGCGUGUGAUCAGGAAGAGCUUGUAGUAUUUGAGACCUCCCGGGUGCCCAUCGUAGAGGUGGAGAUGGCGCAGCUGCCGCCCUCACUCGACCCCUGCUGUAGAGCUUUAGAUGAGACCCUGCAGGAGGAAGGAUCGUGUCCUGAGGUGUCGGAGUGCUCUGGGAAGAUAGUUGGAUCUUCCCCAGCUUCCUAUUUCAGAAGCGAUGGUCCACAGGUCAUACGCUGCUUCCAGCCCCCUCUGGUGCAGACCCAGACGGUCACCAUCACAGCUGCUUCCAAUUCCUUACCCACUGGCAUCUCCACCACAGAGGUCCCUGUCGUCCCAACCAAGACCUUCAUCUAUAAGGCUUCAAAGGUGACAGAUGACAGAACAGACGACAAGGAUGUCACAGCUGUGUCCAGCUCCAAGACUGUUACCUCAGAGACCGCUAGUGGCACCACAGUCACCACCACUACCACUCACAUCUCAAAGGUAGUGAAAAGUGGGUCUUCAGAGACUCGUGUGGAAAAGAGAAUCGUCAUAACUGCGGACUCUGACAUUGACCAAGAGAAGGGCAAAGAUGGCGGCGCAUCAGCUUUGUAACUCAAUCACCACCUGCAUCUGUUCCUUUCGCUCUCCACCUUUUGAUCCCUUCAUCAGUGCAGUGCAGCACUGACCACGCAGUGACCAACUCUCUCCACGCACACACACAAACACACACGCAUAUCUAAAAUGAAAUAUCUCAUUGAUCUGCACCUAAAAUAAUGUCAGUGUGUAGAUGAAUCUUAGUAGAUCCUCUUUGUUUUCUUCAGUUGGAGGAGGGCUGCACAGUGCUCAAGUUUGAUCAAAUGCUUCUCAUUAAGGUGUUAAAAAGCUUAUUGACAACAUGUUCAAUUGAAUGAUCUCAGUUUCGUUUGCUUUUAAAUGCUUUGAAUUUCCGAGUGGUUUUUACACCGUUGAUUUUAUACAAAUACACUGUUUCCGUCCUAGUUUAGACACCACCAUCAGCAUGUAUUCCUUUGGUGCUGCUAGGGGAACGUUAAGACUACAUUCAAGGGAAUUAUUAUUUUUUUGUUGUUGUUUACUUGUCUAUUUAAUUCAGGAGUGACUUUUUUUUUUUUUUUUAAAUGAAAUGACAUACCUCGCAUCAAUAUGUGAACAAAAAUAUAAUGUGCAUAAAUUUGGACAGCUGUUGGCUUUGUUCACUGCUCAGGUAUAAAAGAACAAAAGAACAUCAAAUCUCUUCUUCCCUAACCAGCCAAGAACCAGCAGCCGACACGUUAUUGUAAAAAUUAGAAAUGGAUCUAUUUUGAAAUAUUGCUCUAUUUUAUAGAAUUAAUGCUUUUAUAGUAUUUGUACAAAUUUGAGGUUUUUAAGUUAUUCAUAUCCAUCUGCUCAUUAAAUUGUAGGUUGCCAUUGUGCUGUUUACUGAAUAUCGAGGUCUCCGUUUAAGACCCGCUUACCUGUCUCGCCUGACGCCCUGAAUCAUUCUUCUUCGUUUCCUCUCGUAGUCCACCACGUUUCUGAAACCUUUCACCAUUUAAACAUGACAGUGGAGUGCUUCCCUCAGCCCUGUGUUUUUGUUCAAUAGCGUAGAAGUCAUAACUGCUUUGAAUAUAUUUGGUUGAUAAGAAAAGUUUUACAAGCUUUGGUCUGUUUAUCUCAGGUUUUGAUAUUCUUUCUAAGACUGCAGACCUCCAUAUGAUUGUAUGAGAAAUGUCCAUAUAUGUAUAUCCAUCUCUACUUUAAAUGUACAUUUAUGUUCAGCCAAGUGAGGUCAAUCAACACAAAGUUUGUCACAGUAACCACACGUGUAAGAGGUAAAGGCAGCUGUCCCAGUACAUGUGGCUUUUAACUCACAGGAGCACAAGUUGUCUUUUUAUACAUGUUCUACUAUACAGUAAUUUAUUUGUAAAGUAGGAAGCGUCUCGUGUGAUUUGAUGUACUGUGAUGUUUCAACACAAGCUGGUUCCCAGGCUUCCACUAGAUGUCACAAUGUUAUCAACCGAGUUUGUAAAGUCUUUUUACCACAUAGUCAAAAGUAGAUUGCUCUCUGUACUUUUCCAUAGAAAGUAAACGCAUAAAAUAUACAAAUCCCUUUUAGAUAGCAUGUUUGUUAGCAAACUGGUUUUUUUGGGGGGGGUUUUUUGUUUGUUUUUUAAACCCCGAAAGAAGCCAUUGGUAUUUGUAGCUACAUGGAAACCAACUGAAACCUCUCCUGGAAGAAAAAUGUAGAAUUUCAAAUGAAGGAAAAUAGUUUUUAGACUACGGAAAAUAUUGUUGCUUUGUGACUUAUCCCUGUCUUUUUAUGAAAAAAUAAAACAUGCAUUAUUUUGCA